AACAUAGCCGAUCCUGCGACAGUCAAAAGCCAUUGACGUCUAAAUCGAAAUUAAUCGUUGCGUGGGGAGCUCAUGGCGCAAUGCAGAUUAGGUCUUCUUUACUUAGUUAAGCAGGACGGGAUGGAAGGCGCGCCACAAUAAGCCUCCAGAACGCCUUGGUAUAAGUACCUAGGUACGUACUUGGUCCUCGUAUGUCCGUCAUGCCGGUCAUUGGGUGUAGGUAGGUAAGUACCUAGGUACCUAGGUAGCGACGCAUACAUAUGGAGGGGUUGGGCGCCGUCAGGUGUCGCAUCUUUCUUCCGCUCCAUCACAACGACACGAUUAUACUAAAGAUGCGCCUUAUCAACACCGAGACCAUAAAGCUGGAAGACUUUUCAGGCAGGGUGAUCCCCAAAUAUGCUAUUUUAUCACACACUUGGGGAGAAAACGAGGCAAAUUUCGAAGACGUGCAAAACAAAGAUAUUAAGUCCUCUUCCGAGCCACGCUACAAAAAGGUAAAAGAAAGUUGUAACUUAGCUCGAAGUGAUGGUCUAAAGUACAUAUGGGUUGAUACAUGCUGCAUUGACAAAUCUAGUAGCAGUGAGCUUUCUGAAGCAAUAAAUUCUAUGUUUACAUGGUAUGAACGCUCUGAGAUAUGCUAUGCCUACUUGGUUGAUGUUGAUGGAGAUGGUCCAUAUUCAACGAAAUCUUUUACAUCGAGCCGAUGGUUUAAGAGAGGUUGGACUCUUCAGGAACUACUCGCCCCCAAAAGACUUGGCUUCUAUAACUCGGAUUGGUAUCAAUUCACUUCUAGGACAAACUCCUCUGCGGAAAUAAGUGCCGUUACCGGAAUCAACGAAAUCUUUCUGGACCGAUGGGCUCCGACAAAUAAUGAAGUAUUGGAGAUGAUGGAGGUAAAUAAUGAUUCGAAGGUCCGCCGGCUACUCUCCACCGCGAGUAUUGCGGAGCGUAUGAGCUGGGCGUCUGAACGAGUAACAACAAGAGAAGAGGAUAUUGCGUAUUGUCUUCUUGGAAUAUUCUCUAUAAACAUGCCUUUGUUGUAUGGCGAGGGAACACGUGCGUUCCGACGGCUACAGGAGGAGAUUAUACAGCACUCAGAUGAUCAAUCGCUCUUUGCUUGGUUUAAUAAUAACUUCAAUCCCAGUCGCCGAUGGGUCGGACUGCUCGCUCCCUCCCCCUCUACCUUUGCAGGGUCUGGGGAUCUUGUUCCGUGUCCACCUGGGCUCCGACGUUCGGUUUUCUCGAUAACGAACAAGGGAUUGAAUAUCACAUUACCUAUGCUUGGGAAUGAUGCACUACUCGAAUGCCACUCGAAAGAUGACCUUACUAAGCUGAUAGCUAUACCGCUACAUCAUUUAUAUGGUGACACAUAUGCACGAAUUGAGACCCGAGCAAGCGAAGUGGAUUCCCGAGCGCUGUAUACAUGGAAGAGAAAAACCAUCAAUAUUGUAACGCGCGUUGAAUGGCUCGGGAGACAGAAGCCGGGAACAUGGAGUGUAAUUAUCAGGAAGACCCCAGCUGGAUUCAGGGUAGCCCAAAGGCUAUAUGAGUUUGAUCCACGCACAAUGAAAGAUAAGGAAGCAAAAGACAUCAACUGUGUCCUAGGGCGAAAUAGAUCAAGAUCCGUCGGCCUUAGAAUACGCUUCCAGACAGUAAUAAGGGAAUUCGCUUUAGAAAAAUACACAGCCCCAAAAAAUUUUUCUUGCCGAACGACGACAAAGUUUUGCAUGUUGACGUAUUACGUAGGACGGUACUUGAGAAACACCAGAUUUUCAUCGAUGUGGUCGACGUACGGGAAGAAUCCAGCACGAUGCUCCACCUGGUCUACGACCCCAUCCGCAUCCUGCCUUCCUAUAUGUGUCUCUUUUUGUGGAAGUUUUUCCACAAUUAUAAAGCCAUCAUAUGCCUCGCAGCUGUAUUGAGGCCGGACCUACCCAACGACGCCUAUAUCGCCACUAUCGCGCCGACACUAUCCGAUAAAAAGCUCAUUCCCCUAUCGUGGCGAUUUUGCGCCGGUGCAUUUCCUUUUUUAGCGGGAUUGAAUUUGCUUUCGCAUAAGACAGGCGAGGCCUAUCAGCCAAAGCCUUGGGUCAAGCUAGGCAUAAAACCAAAUCCAGCACCCCCACAUACCUCACAUACCUCAUUGUGCUUUUCCAGACCUACCGCGUUUGUUGGUUCACUUGUCGCCGUCCUCACCAUCCACUAUGUCGGUACAUGGAUUGGAAUUGAUGAACCCGCCCCGCGACUUGGUCUUUUGGGUGCGUCUCUCGUGGACUACAUAGUACGGUGGUUCAAUAGUUUAGCGGUGUCAGUCGUCUCGGCGGGGCAGAUUAAGUUGGGCCACAUCCUACUUUGGGGGACGAAGCCUCAAUUCCAAGCUCGAUUACUACUCGCACGCACUCUCCCU